AUGGCGGCCAUCUCCUCCGACCUGGCGACGGCCUUCUUUGGCUUGGCGAGGAGGCAAGUCACAGCAGCAGUCGGGGUGUGGCCCCAGUGCCUCCCGCUUCCGCAUCUCUCUUCGGCGUCUCGCCGGGGCUUCUCUGUGUCGCCGCGGCACGCGGCGGCGGCACUGCCAAGGCGGAGGACGGGACCGUGCCGCUUUGCUUCCGCGGCGGCGGCGUCGUCGCCUUCAUCAGCUCCGACGCGAGAGGAGGGCGGCGACGUCGCGACGAAGAUCCCCCCCGACAACCGCAUCCCGGCCACCAUCAUAACCGGAUUCCUCGGCUCCGGCAAGGUGAGUGAAGGGGCAGUUGGAUGACUAAGUUUUUGUGGAACGCUCUUAAUGCGGUUGCGAAAGCAUUAGCCUUGUUGGGUCCUUGGGAAGUCUUCGGUUGUCUCACUUGUUAAUCUGUCAAUUUCGCCUGUUAUGCGAACUUUGCGAUGCGUUGCUAACGUUUAUUCUUCUCGCUUACGACACUGACAGACAACUCUGCUCAACCAUAUCUUGACUGCUGAUCAUGGAAAGCGUAUAGCGGUGAUUGAGAACGAGGUUUGAUUUUGAACAUACCGGGGUUGUUGUAUUAAUUUUUGCGUUCAGAAUAUGAAUUUCCUCGUCUUCAUGUGGCUGUGUCUGUUGUUUGUUGUCAUCACAUUUUUCCCCGGAAUAUCCGAAGUCUAUGAUGGAAGGAGUUGUUCGUUUCUAUUAUUGGAACAAACUACUUUUCAAACUUUGAGAUGACCUGCUUUUAGCAGCACGGCUGAGACUCAAUAACGUUUUGUAGUCAAUCUCUCACCUAAUUGCUUCCAAUUGAUAAAAUCGUUGUCUGAUAAGUUGUACUAAUUUCUCUUGAAGGAUAUGAAGGUGAUUCGGUAGGGUUCAUUUUAUGUUAACAUCAUGUUGGAUGACACUAGAAUAUAACAGUGAUACUAAAUUUCCUACCAUCACAGGGUUAUCAAAUGAAAGUUCAAUUAAUUAGAGUUGUCGAAUGAAUUUCUGGGAUUUUGAUUCUUAGGGAUAUUAGAUAACAUUUUUUUUGUUCUGUUAUAAUUUUUAAUUCUUUGGGAAGUUCAUUUUGAGGAAUGUGACAUCAUUGGGUACAUUCUCAAAUACUUUCUUGACAAAUGGAGUGAGAAAAUUGUAAUUGAACUCUUUAUGGACCCGUAAUUAGUCAUCUGGUUUAUGUAAUAAUACGUUGCUAAUUGCAUUCUGUUGUAUUACUUUGAAAGAAAAUAUCAUUCUUUUGUAGUAUACUAAUACUGAGAAUAAGUUGCUCCUCUGUUUCUUUUAGUGUCCUUUCUUCUUUUAGUCGUUUGCAUUUGAUACUGUUGUAUUGUCACGGUCUGGGGUGCUUCAAUGACUCUGACGUUUUGCAUAUAUUUUACAGUUUGGUGAGGUAGACAUUGAUGGUUCGUUGGUUGCCGAAAAGAGAACUGGAACUGAAGACAUAAUUAUGCUCAAUAAUGGAUGCCUAUGCUGUACUGUGAGAGGUGAUCUUGUCAGAAUAAUUUCUGAAUUGGUUGAAAAGAAGAAAGGAAAAUUCGACCAUAUUGUAAUAGAGACCACAGGUAACAUAGAUGUGUCAAUGAAGCGUCUGCUGAUCAUGAAAGGCUUUAGUAGUUAUUAUUUGUGUUGCUGCAAUUUAUGGGUUUAUAGAUCUUAUACAAAUAGGUCACAGUAAAUAGAUUCAUUCAAACAUUUUUAUUUUUAUGAGUUAGUUUUGUUCAUUACUUUGAGUUGAGGGACAAUGUGAGCUAUGUGCUUUUCUCCAACGGAACUUUUUUUCUUCUAUUGGUUUAUAUUUCUCCAUUAUUUUUUGUCACUGAAUUCUUGAUUUCAUUCAAGUACCUUACCAGAUUUGGGAAUGAAUCUAGCCAACUUCAUAAGUAUCACCAGAGGGAAAAAUAAGGGGCAUUUGGAAUCAUAAAGGUGGUAGCUAUAAAAAAUUCUGAAAGGGCAACUUUUGAAAACUGUACAUUUAAAAUCUUCUGGUUUACAUGACAACGUUCGUUUAUAAAUUAUUGUAAAUUAGUGUAGACUCUAGUAUUCUUGAGAAGAAAAAAUAUGACGUUUGAUGUCGUCAACAUUGAAUGAUGUCAUAAAGAUUCUGACAUACUAAUAGACUCAUAUUUUUUUCCUUAUAUACAAUAAAAAUUAAUGAGGAAAACAUAAGACAUGGGUAUUUCAGUAUUGAGAUAUCAAUAUUGGUAUUUAUUGUAAGAAUAUGCUUUGUUUUGGAUAGUUAGUUUUCCACAUUCAUAUUUAGGCCACUAAAAUCAUCCAUGGGUUUGUAGCACUGGUUUCCUUGACAUUUAUUGUUUCCAUAUUUUCUGAAUUAGGUUGAUUUAUCACGUUCUUUUCUACAUUUUUUUUUUGAGUCUCUCCAAUUGAAUGAAAAUGUUCAUUCCUCUACAGGCCUUGCCAAUCCGGCCCCAAUUAUUCAAACAUUCUAUUCAGAAGAUAGCAUUUUUGCGGAUGUGAAGCUGGAUGGAGUGGUUACUCUGGUGGAUGCAAAACAUGCAAAUUUCCACCUUGAUGAGGUUAAACCGAAAGGAGUAGUUAAUGAGGCAGUUGAACAGGUUGCAUAUGCGGACAGAAUAAUUGUCAACAAGGUGGGUUAAUGUUGCAGUAAACCCCUCUUUCUUCUUACUGAACCACUUUUAUGUGAAUCAAUGAUUUGUUCAAUGCAAAUAUGACGGUUUUACAAGCACGGUUUUCAUGUAAUGGCCUUAUCUGCGACUAUGUUUUGUAGAUGUUCCUUUGCAUCUUAUUCUAAAAAGAGCUCAGUUGAUAAUUUGAAGUAUGACGCAGGAAUCAGUCUCAACCACUUGAUUAUUCAUCCCUUGAGCAAACCACAAUUCUCACUUCCUACCGACUCUGCUAGCCCAGAUGGAAAUUCUCUCCUGUAAUGGAAUAUUGUAAUGCGUACUUGAGCUCAAUGUCUUGUUGCCAUAAACUCAACUGUACUAAAGAUCCUUACUCACAGAAGCACUAUAUUUACACAGGAAAUGUUACCGGUAGUUGAACUAAAAUUGUCUUUAACUACUGAAAGACUUGAAUAGCUAAACUACUUAAUCGUACUGCUACUCGUACUUCAUCGAAACUCUCCUUUCCAAUAGUAUCGUGCUGCCUUUUUCAGCUUUCAUUGUUGCUAGAAAUGUGGCACUGAUCAGCAGCUACUCCAAUAGAAUUAUCUGGUCCCACGUGCUGUCAGUGGCAUCAGGGAUAUUUUCAGCAAGAAAUAUAAUUACGAGUUAGUGCUGGGGGAAGUUAUACUCAGUAGCCUAACCCCCCUUCACAGUGGCGACCUCAUUUGAUGUCCACCACUCUGGGCCUUGGUUGUGAAGAAAAGAAUAAGACCCCUAUUGGGGGUUCCUUUAGCGCCUUCAAGGGUGCUAGCACAAACCUUGGUUGACAAUCACCCCCUUCGCCUCACAUCUUGGCACAAUGGAAUGUGUAACCUGUCUGCUAUCCAAGUCAACCACUCAAUUUCCUGCCACCCAAACCGCCAUUUUUUGAACCAAUCAUACUUUAUUGUUAAAUGAUUCUGGAUGGAGACUAAAGAACCAAAUAUUAUUUUUAUUUUGGUUUGUUUUAGUUGAUGUUUUGCUCAUGUAUUACCUAAUGUUGUAUUCUGUAUUUUAGUCAGACGAUUAUUGACCCUGUCAUGAAUAUUUCAUGUUCUGCACUUGGUACCUACUUGAGAUUUGGUUUUGGAAAAAUACUAGAUUGAACAGAGUGCCUGUCUAAUAAACUUCCCCAACUGAUGUUGCAUUUCGUGCGUAAGGUUUUUGCCCAUUUUUAGCUCAGGAAAACUUUAGCCUACUCCGAGAAGGAAAAUCUUAAUGGAGGAUGACCAGUUAUUAUCAUUGCUUAUAUUCCCCAUGGAAUGAGUUUUUUUCAGCAUUAAGACUGUUUAGAGGAAUAGGGUCUACUGACAGUAUUCCCAUUGGAGAUUUUUAUGAACUUCGUGAAGUUGGUGUAUGACAUCUUAAAGUAGUUUCCCUUGAGUUGAUUUUCCCUUCCAUGCAUCAUCAUCAUCAUCAUCAUUUCCAAAGCUUAACUACUUAGAGCUAGAGGCAUGGACAUUACUCUAUCGUUUCAGUAUAUCAUAUGACCGGAUUGACAUUCUCCAUUUUAUAACCAUUGAAAAAUGACGGUCAUAUCCCAUACUAUACUCCAUAGAAUUUUCUCGUGUCUUCAAACCAAUUAAAACGAUUUUACUUGAUGGAAUUUCUCAUCCUUUUUCGCAGCUCCUCCCAUCUCGUCUGAGAAUUUAACAGACAAUCGCAUGUUUUGUUCCCACAUCUACUAUGUCUAUGUUGUGCAUAAAAGAAGAAAAAAUGGAAGAAUUUAGGUCUAGUUUACUUUACAGGACAUAGAGAUUUGUUAUAAAUGUUACCCCCCGGCUGGAGAGGGAGGGAUAUUCAUCCUUUGUACCAGAGCUACGCGAUUUGGAUGUUCAAUUUCAUGCCUUCGCCAGAAUAUCAUUAUCACUUUGCAAAAAAUGGCGAAUGAUCAUAUGUUGGAUAGGCAACAGAAGGACACUACAUUAUUUGCCAAAGAUUUGUUGAAACUUUGCCCUUGUUUUCAUGUAUGCUACACCUUUCUAAAUAAUUUUCUUUUACUCGAGUAUGUUGUUUAAUGUUUGGUAAUGGUUUAAGUUCCUUUUGAAGGAAAAAUGUCAAGUUUACUAUUCAAUCUGGGAUUGACUGAAUGAAUUUAUUGUUCUGUAGACUGAUCUUGUUGGUAAGCAAGAUGUGACUGCUCUAGUUCAAAGAGUAAAGGUCAGUAGUACAUGUUCCAGUAUCUGGUUUAUUUUUGUUUUAAUUAUGGUUCAAUGACUAAUGGUUUUCUUUGCUUCUCAAAUCAGAGUAUCAAUGGGAUGGCUCACCUGAAGCAAACACAGUAUGGCAAAGUCGAUCUAGAUUAUGUCCUUGGAAUUGGUGGUUUUGAUUUGGAGAGGUAAACAUUGUCCUCCUUUGCACUUCUGCAGCAUGAGUUAUCUGAAUGAAGAUAAAAGUGUACUGAUUUUUUUCAAGUUGACGUUUUCCAUUGCCUGGAGGAGAUGUGCCUAAUUGAUAUGGUAGAAUUUUGAUAUGGUAGUGUUCUCAGAAGGGACUUCCAAGAAAAAUCUAAGAUUGGCUUUGGAGAAAGUUCUUUGACUGUCAAACUGAGUUGUCUUGGUUUGGUUUUUAAUUUGAUUGUUCAUCGCCAUUGAUUUUGUUUGUAUUUAUGUAAAUUUCUUUGAGGAAGAGGGUCACAUUAAAGGGAUUGAGCUCAGUUCCCAUGAGAUAAUCUUUUAUCGAGUAUAUGGUGAUUUGCAUAACCUGUUCUUGUGGACACUCUUUUCCUCCGUUCCUCUCGAUUUAAGCUUUGGUUGGAUUUAUCUCCUCCUUAUUGUGUCGCACAUUACUGAUUGCAUGCAUGUCUAUGCGUUUUUCUUCUCAGGAUAGAAACUUCUGUGGGUGCUGAAGGAUCAAAGGAUGAUCACGCACACAGUGAACAUGAGGAUCACGAUCAUGAUCAUGAUCACGAUCACGAUCACGAUCACGAUCACGAUCACCAUCAUCAUGAUGAGCAUGAGCACAAACACGGUAAGUCCAGGAUCUUCCUUUUUUAUUCAUUAGUUUUUAUGUAAUCCUCUUCUAUUUGUUGCCUACUAACAUAUAAGGAGACCUGUAUUCCAUUGUUGUUGUUGUUGUAGAUGGCGCCCAUGGCCACGACCAUGACCAUACUCAUGAUCCUGGAGUGUCUUCUGUAAGCAUUGUCUGUGAAGGGAACCUGAAUUUAGACAAGGUAUUUUUUCCAAAGUCUUAUUUUUCGUUUUCUUCUUUUUGUGGUGGGAGAAGAGGUUGGCUUCUCUGUCUCUCUCGCUCUCUCUCCCCAUCUCUCAAUCUCAAUAACCACCAGCAUCUCAACCAUUUGAUGCGGCCUCUUAAUGAUGGUGACCAUACCUCCUCUGCAGGCGAACAUGUGGCUGGGAACGUUGCUGCUGGAACGCAGUGAUGACAUUUACAGGAUGAAAGGGAUCAUCUCUGUUGAUGGUAUGAGCGACAGAUUUGUCUUCCAGGUUCGCUGCCACCUCUCUGCCCUCCCUGUUUUACAGUCUCCUCCAUUCAUUAAUCAUCCCUUGCGCGAGUUCAUGUAAUCAGGUUUCUUUCUUCUUUCUGUACCUGAUCAUUAAUCAUCACUGGGUUCCAUAAUAUAUCGGAUCUUUUCCUUGAAAGUAACGUUCAUUUGCAAUGCCAGAGGACUUUUUUAAUUCCCUGAGUUUGACCAACAUCGAUUUCCUUUUUUUUUUCUUCAAAAUAAUAAUCUUCAGGGUGUUCACGACAUCUUCCAAGGAUCUCCUGACAGGCCGUGGCGUGAGGGUGAGCCAAGAACAAACAAGCUGGUGUUCAUAGGGAGGAACCUGGAUGCCCAGGAGCUGGAGAAGGGCUUCAAGGCCUGUUUGUUGUGA